CCCUGCCGGCAGGUGCGGUCUUGCAAAGCUUCGGGUUUGAAAGCUUUGCUGUGGGUUGGUGGCUUUCAAGGACGUGUACUUUGGGAGACCGGGAUGGAUGGUGCUAGACAGUGGGGAAUAUACAGAUACCUUCAAGGAACUCACAGCUUGGUGUCGGAAAUUAACAGCUCUUCUAGCUUUUACAUUAUUUAAAUACAGUAGUGUCGUUGGACUAAAAUGUUCCUGAUGUCAACCUCUUCGGAGUUAAACAGUGGGCAGAACUUCUUAACCCAGUGGAUGACCAAUCCUUCUCGGGCUGGGGUCAUAUUAAAUCGUGGAUUUCCUAUUUUGGAAGCAGAGGAAGAGAAGCGAGCAAAUGUGAACAUUUCUACCAGCUUUCCUAUUAAACCCACAGAUUUUUCAAAUAGCUUCAGCUUUAUAAGUGAAGAAGAUUCACUUCAUGAAGAACAGAAGUUGGAGCCCAACAGCCCUUACAAGUUACAAUCAGAUAAAUCUGAAGCACAGAGAGUCUUUCCUUCAACUAAAGAGGGAACACAAAUAGUGGCAUGUCAGCAUGCUCCUGGACACUGGGAAGAUAACAAAAAUGACCUUAUUUCAGAUCCUGUGAGUGAAUUCAAAGAAAUGGCUUAUAAAGACCCACUUUUUAAAAAGCUUGAACAGCUGAAAGAAGUACAACAGAAGAAGCAGGAACAACUGAAGAGGCAACAGUUAGAGCAACUGCAAAGGCUCAUGGAGGAACAGGAGAAGCUGCUCACCAUGGUGUCUGCGCAGCAUACACUCCCAGUGCCUGACGACCAGAGCCAGAAGUACAGAUCUCCAGGAAAUUCAGCCACUGCAGAGAAACCCACGCCCUUCUUACCAUCAUAUAUCUACCAGAAUCAAACCCAAGAAAAAAACCACACUUCCAACAUUUUAUCUGAUGAACAAAACAACUUCCGUAGAACUACUCAUCAAGAUUUUGUCUUAACUUCAAAAAGUGGUGCUUCUCCUAAUUUGUUUUAUGAGGCUCAAUAUCAAGAAGCGCUUGUGAAAAAAAAUGAUUUGAAGGAAGAAAACCAUAACCAUCCUAAAGGAGAAGGUAUUUUACCAUGUUCGGAGGAAAUGACGGAACAGAUUCAGGAAGAGAACAAUACGAACUUAAAAAAAAUUGGUGAUUCCUCGGAAGUGGUUAAUAUUGAAGAAAGGCCUAUUAAAGCUGCUAUUAGAGAAAGGAAACAAACCUUUGAAGACUACUUAGAAGAACAAAUUCGGUUGGAAGAACAAGAACUGAAACAAAAACAGCUAAGGGAAGCAGAAGGAUCCUUGCUAAUCAAAGCAAAACCAAAACAACCAUUCUUAAAACGAGGGGAAGGUUUAGCUAGGUUUACUAAUGCUAAAUCUAAGUUUCAGAAGGGGAGAGAAAAUAAACUAGUCACUACUCACAGCAGUUCAGAGGACAAACCUGUGUUUAAAUUAGAUAAACAACAAUUCCAGCGGAAAACUGCUCUUACAAAUAAAGAACUGUGUACAGAGAACCUUCCUGUCAAAAAGAACAGUAAAGCCAGAACAAAGAGUGGUUGUGUCACACUCAGUCAGAAGCCGAAAGUGCUUAAGGGUAACAGUAGGAAAAGUCUUUCUCCAGCAGGAUUGAAGAUACUGGCAGGGAAGAAAUGUGACGGGCAAUUUAGAGGUCAGAUCAAUUUAGAAAAAAAGGUAGAAUCUAAUAAUAAAGAAAAUGUACCCGAGUGUACAAAACCUUGUGACGUUGGUUGCAAAAUCAGGAAUAAGACACAAGGUAAAGACAGACUUUCCCUUUUGACAGGGCUGGCCAGCUGUGUGGCUUCUAAGAGCCCAGUAAGUGAGACUUCGAAAGAGUCAGAAUCUUCUCUUGACAUUUCUCUUCAGAAAAAGUUAGAGAAUUGGGAACGAGAAAAGGAAAAGGAAAAUUUGGAAUUAGAUGAAUUUUUGUUUUUAGAACAAGCUGCUGAUGAAAUAUCAUUUUCUAGUAAUUCCUCAUUUGUACUGAAGAUCUUAGAGAGGGACCAACAGGUCUGCAGAGGUCACCGGCUGUCUUCUACCCCCGUCAAAGCUGUGCAGCCAGAGAAGACAGCAACACCGGAUCCCGUUAGUGAGUGUAACCAAAAUGAGGAUCCAGACCGUACCACAUGUGAAAGUAAGCGUGAGUGUGAGGUUGCACCCAAACAACCUGAUACAGUGUCCUCACCUGAUGCAUCGCAGGAACAGUCCUGUAAAGUCAGUCGGAAAGUGUUCCAGAUGAGCACUUGGGAAAGUCCAACUAGGUGGAAUGCAAGCGAUGACGAAGGUGGUACAGACAGUGAUGAUAGCACUGAUUCUGAGGAACAACUUGAUGUCACCAUAAAACCAUCAUCUGAGGAUAAGGAAAGGGGCUUCAGCAGCAGAGAAGAUAGUCCACAAGUCUGUGAUGGGAGGGGACCUUUAAGGGACACCAGGACUCAAGAAGAAGAUAAGAGGAGAGAUGUUGAUUUAGAUUUGUCUGAUAAAGAUUACAGUAGUGACGAGUCUAUCAUAAUAGCAAGCUUGAAAAAUAAAGCUUCUGAUUCCUCAAGCAGACACCCAUCUGUGAGUAAAAUUGACUUUGAUGAUGAAAGAACUUGGACUGACUUUGAAGAUGAUUCAUUUAAACAUGAUGUUAUUCUUGGGAAUGAAGCCAUUUAUGGGACUCCCCAGACAACCUACCCUAAUAAGAGUGAAAUAUGUGUACUGGACAAAACAAUAAAAAGGAAGGUUGCACCAGUCAAGAAGGGAGAAGACUUGAAUAAAUCCAGUAGGAGCACAAGUCCUCCUACCUCGGAUCUGAUGAUGAAAUUCUUCCCUUCUUUGAAACCAAAAUCAAAAUCAGAUUCACGCUUGGGAAAUGAACCCAAGUUAAACAUAAAUCAAGACCAACCACCUGGUGACAAUGCUCGGUCUCAAGUUUUGAGAGAGAAAGUUAUUGAAUUGGAAACAGAAAUAGAAAAAUUUAAAGCUGAGAACACAUCUUUAGCUAAACUUCGCAUUGAACGAGAAAGUGCCUUGGAAAAACUCAGGAAAGAAAUUGCUGACUUUGAACAACAGAAAGCAAAAGAAUUGGCUCGAAUAGAGGAGUUUAAAAAGGAGGAAAUGAGGAAAUUACAAAAGGAACGCAAAGUUUUUGAAAAGUAUUCUACAGUUGCGAGAACUUUUCCGGAUAAAAAAGAACGUGAAGAAAUACAAGCUUUGAAGCAGCAGAUAGCAGAUUUACAGGAAGAUUUGAAAAGAAAGGAAGCAAAAUGGUCCAGUACACAUGGCCGUCUUAGAAGCCAGAUAGAAAUGUUGGUCAAAGAGAACACAGACCUCCGGGAGGAAAUAAAAGUGAUGGAAAGGUUCCGACUAGAUGCCUGGAAGAAAGCCGGAGCCACCGAGAGCAGCACCAGGAUGGGGCAGUGUGUGACGGCCUCGAGAAGAGACGGGUCCACGAAGUCAUCAGUUCGAUUUCCAAAGAAUCAAGUUUCUUCAGGAACCCAGGUAGAAAAGUACAAAAAAAACUGUUUGCCAACACAAGGCAAUCCAUCUCGAAGAUCCAAGUCUGUGUCUCGUGAUUUAGGCGAUUCGGAUAAGGGACAAAUAGCCUUACCCAGGGCACCUGAACCAGUGAACUCUCCAGAUCCUGAAUGUAAAGAAGAGGAUGAAAAAGAAGGAAAAGAAGAAAUUCAGGGAGAAAUCAGCCAUCCUGAUGGAAAGAUAGAAAAGGUUUACAAGAAUGGGUGCCAUGUUAUAUUGUUUCCAAAUGGAACCCGAAAAGAAGCGAGUGCAGAUGGAAAGACGGUCACUGUCACUUUCUUCAACGGUGAUGUCAAGCAGGUCAUGCCGGAUGGGAGAGUGAUCUACUACUACGCAGCCACACACACCACCCACACCACGUACCCAGAAGGACUGGAAGUCUUACAUUUCUCAAGCGGACAGAUAGAAAAACAUUUCCCAGAUGGAAGAAAAGAAAUCACGUUUCCUGAUCAGACUAUCAAAAACUUGUUUGCUGAUGGACAAGAAGAAAGCAUUUUCCCAGAUGGUACAAUUGUCAGAGGGCAACGAGAUGGCAACAAAAUCAUAGAGUUUAAUAAUGGCCAAAGAGAACUACAUACGGCCCAGUUCAAGAGACGGGAGUAUCCAGAUGGCACUGUUAAAACUGUGUAUACAAACGGUCUUCAAGAAACCAAAUAUUCAUCUGGUCGAGUAAGAGUUAAAGACAAGGAUGGUAAUGUUCUAAUGGACACAAAAUUGUCAUGAUCCUUGUGUAUGGCUAAUCAUGAAAUAACACUAACUUGAUCUUCUUUAAAAAAAUGUCCAUUUCUUGUGGAUUCUGUGGUUUAAUUUAUAUAUACUGUGUGUGUGUAUAUAUAUAAAUGGAAAAGAUUGUUUGGAAUAUAAAACUUGAUGCCUUUUUUCAUAAUGUUUGAAGUGCACAGGGACAGCUUUCAUUUUUAGUUCACCUACCUUGUCUUUCUACGGUUCUAACCAGUAUAGACUUCUAACAAGUGGAUGCUUUCAUUGGUUGGAGAUGGUUAUGAGAGCCAAAAAGUACAAGAAACACAGUAUCACAGAUUUUCCCACCGCCUACCUGUCCUAUGAAGGUCUUGCUCAGAAAGUUUACUGAAGGAGUAAGAGGAUUUCUCCAGUCAAAAUAUUACUGUGCUCAAUUAGUACUAAAAUUAAAGCAUUAGCUACCACAGAGUUCACAGAAUUGGAAGUUAAAACAGUGACUGAGUACAAAUAAACAGUAAAACAGGCAGAAGAGUUCAUUCUAUGAGUGCAGAUAAAUCUCAUAGGAGGAGAAAGCAGUUGUAACGAGGGUGACGGCUGAGAAAGGCGGGGCGUGAAAACUAACCAGCCAGUGUUAACUGAUUGAUAGACCACAGGUGCCUUGACCUUAUUACCUGUAAGACCGGGCUGACAGAAGCAAGAUGUCCUUGAAGAGGGGGGCCAAGUCACCUACAAGUAGAGUUACAUAGUAAGUUUGGUCUAGUCACUUAGUGCAGUCUGACAGUAGUGCUGGGCAGUAACUCCGUUUUUUUAAAAAGCCACAUGUAUUAAAAAUUCCAGUGAUUUAAAACUGAAUAACAAAAAAGUUUAAAACUUUUCAAAGAAAAUAAGUAAUUAUAUAUAUAUAUAUAUUACCUCAGGAAUAGAGAAAGAUUUUAAAAUUUUAUUUUUUUAAUUAUUAUUAUUUUUUGGCUGUGCUGCACCUCUUGGGGGAUCUCAGUUCCCAGACCAGGGACUGAACCCAGGCCACAGCAGUGUAAGUGCCAAAUCCUAACCCCUAGACCAUCAGGGAGCUCCCCAGAGAAAGAUUUUUAAAUGAGACACAGCACAAACCUUAGAAGGUUGAUGAGUCAGAAGUUUCUGUUUGUCCAAAGAUACCACAAAAGAGAGUAAAGUCACAGCCUAGGAAAAGAAACACGUAUCUGACAAAGGAUUAGUAACCAGAAUAUAUGAAGAAUCCCUAUUAGUUAAAAUAGGUAAUUACAAACAAAGGAUAUUAAUAAGCAAUAAACUGACUAAAACCAGUAAAUGCAUAUUUCAACAAUGAGGUACCUUUUUACAUUAGUGUCAUAAACUGGCAAACAAUGGUCUGGCCACACCACAUGUUGGCAAGGAACUUGGACUACUGAUGGUAGAAUUAGCUGGUAAAAUCACUUUUUUGGAAAGCAAUUGCUUCAUGACCUAGUACUAAAUUCCACUAAAGUAUAUUUACUAGGAAACCCCUCACAGGUGCAUAAGGGGUUGUACAGCAGAGUAUCUGUAAUUGAGAAAAAACUGGUAACGACCUAAAUAUCUAACAACAGAAUAAAUUAUAUGCACAGAUGGAUGUAACAGUGAAAGUGAAUAAAAUAGAGCUAUGCAUACCAAUAUGCAUUAUAUAGUGGAAAUUAGGGGAAAAAGGUAAUUGUGUGAGACUGCACACACAAAAAUAUACAGAGCAACACUAUGUCUUAUUUAUGGAUGCAUGCAUAUACAAUAAAGUUAUAAAGAGCUACAUAAGAAUGAUAAACACCAAAUUCACAGUAUUCACCUCCUCUGUAAAACAGUGACUGGGGAAGGGUAGAACAGAGGCCUACAACUGUGCUGAUGAUGUCUUAUUUCUUUAGUGGAAUGUACAUUAGUUAUAAAAUGAACUAAAUAUGUUUUUUCUAACGUGCCUGAAAUAUUUCAUUUAAAAAUUACAGUAAAAUGAAAUAAGUAAAUACUUGAAAGCAAAUAUUUAUUAACUUUUUUGGAACAAUUCCUAACAGUUCAAUAUGUAAAGAAAAGAAAAAAAAGGCCCGCACUAUUGCAGAACAAGUCAAGAAAAAUAAGCCUGAAACGGUCUACAUAUAACAGAAAACUUUCUUCUGGGCUGCUACAGAUGCUCUGUACUGUAAACCUGAAAAACAAAAGGUGUGUUCUUUUAAACCUUUGCUUAAGGUUCAAAUACAGUUACUGAAUCACGUUACAUUUAUGUGAUAAAGAGUGAGCUGUUUACCAAAGAACUUUAAUAACCUUGUUAUCAGGGCACUGUGCUCAAUUAGUACUAAAAUUAAAGCAUUAGCUUUAGUGCUGCAUGUGUAGCACAGCGUUCUGUGCUUAUUUAUAGUGCCCACUUUCUGCUGCUCUCCUCCUGCCCCCAUAACCAUCUGGCACCAUGAAUGGUCAGGACAGCCGUUCCAAGCAAGCGUUUUUAUAGCUAUGGAACCUCUUUGUUACUGGUACUGAACAGGUAAGAAGGGCCCAUGAAGGAGAGAUCUACAGGAGAGAUUCCGGUUGAGCUUUGUUGUCAUUCCUUUGACAAAUCAAGGAAAGGCCAAAGGUGCUUUUCAGGGCAACUUAGUAUGAAUCUCUGCUACAUCAGUCACAUGCCGUAUGCUGACUGUAAGGGUGAACAAGGAGUCGUGGUACUUACAUCACUCAUCUUGGUCUGCAAGCCCCAUUUCUACUAAUGACAUAUGAACUGGAUACCGUUCAUCUUCAUAUAAUGUCACUAUUUGUUCUGGUACCUGAGCCUAAAAUUAGAAAGAUACGUGUCAAGAAAACACCAUCAUGUCUUUGCUGCCUGUUCCUCCUACAACUGGCAGGAGGGACAAGGCAUUCUCUAAGUUUAUUUAUAAUUUAUACGUUGUUACUUUCAAAAGGUAUCUUGAUGGUUUCUUGCUAAGUCCCAUUCUUGCCAUCUUUUACUUUAUUUAAAAUGUAACUCUCCCCAAAGUUUUCCUAGAUUGAGCCAGUGGGCUUAAAUACUACCAUCCCUGUUAAAUUCAUUUACAUUCUACACAUAAAGCAUACCUUUAUGCAUACAGUCACCAAAUUUUCAGUGUUACUCAUAGAGGUGAAUACACAGGUAUUUAUAAGAACAUUUGUUAUUUUCACUGGCUUCUUGAGAGAAACCCUGCAUAAGCUAUUUACACCACUGCACACACAGGAACAUGGUAUGUACAAAGGUUUCCAAAAAGCACUUUCUAGUAAUAGCACUGCUUCAUUAAGAGCUCAUUCUUGUCACAGCCAGUAUAUCAGAAAUCCCCCAAAUCAGGGCAAGCUGGACUGAAACAACCGUGGUGAGGAGGAGGGUGAACCGGACUGAAACAACGGUGGUGAGGAGGAGGGUGAACCGGACUGAAACAACGGUGGUAAGGACGAGGGUGAACCGGACUGAAACAACGGUGGUGAGGAGGAGGGUGAACCGGACUGAAACAACCGUGGUGAGGAGGAGGGUGAACCGGACUGAAACAACCGUGGUGAGGAGGAGGGUGAACCAGACUGAAACAACCGUGGUGAGGAGGAGGGUGAACCGGACUGAAACAACCGUGGUGAGGACGAGGGUGAACCGGACUGAAAGAACCGUGGUGAGGACGAGGGUGAACCGGACUGAAAGAACCGUGGUGAGGACUGGGGUGAACCGGAGAGCAUGCUCCCACCUAGAGAGACUGCUGUUGCACCCCUGGUGCUGUCAUUGCAGAAGAUUUUGUAAUACUUACAAAUAAGACUUUUUGUAUAAUUUUCCAAUUUUAAAACAGCUGUGCAGUAAAUUAAACAUGGUUACAAGCUAGAUACAGCCUUUGAGCCACCCCUUUGUGAC